AUGUCAAUUGGAGGAAGGGAGCAAAGAACUAGUAUUGCCACUUUCAACGUUACAACCAAAAAGACAACAACGAUUCUCAACAAUUACUAUGGUGUACUUAUGGUUCAACGCCCUGGUCGAUACGCCUCCCCAACUCCCAACUGCAACCUACCGCUUCCGCCCAGCACUGGUGCCGUCACCGUUGUCGAUGACUCCAUGGUCCAAACAAACGGCAUCGCUGUAUCCCCCGACGAGAAGACUCUCUACAUUGCCGAGUCCGGCGCCGUCUCAGGUACCUGGGACUACAACCUCACCACCAUUCACGGCAGCCGCUUCAACCACACCGCGAAGCGCGGCGUCUACGCCUUCACCAUCAACGACGCCCCCAACGAAAGCGGCCGCUACCUGACGAAUCGCCACUUAAUCUAUCUCAUUUAG